GGCCAUGGCGAGAGCGGGAACUCCGCGAACGCGCGCCUCGCUGCACUGCGCCGCUGUCCUGGGAGUCCUUUUGCUGGUUUCGCGCCUGCCCGCCGCCCUGGCCGUCUCUCCGAAUGGCCAGGCGACCAACAUCGCCGAGACCAUGGCCAGGAUCAGCCAGGUGAUGAAGAGCAAACUCCCGCUCUGCCAGAACCAGACGACCGCCGAGGCCUCGGUCCUGACGCAGCUGAAGGCGAUGGAGGAGGUCAUCAUGUACCAGGAGCAGAUGCUGGGCAGCAUUCGCUUCAUGACGGACAAACUGAUGGAAACGAUUAACAGAUAUGUUGCAAGUGCUCAUCGAUAAGAUUCCAGAUUUUGUUCAGAUUUCAGUCUUAUUCACAGUGGACUUCGACUCACCCGUUCCUCAGUGUAUUUUCGAAGUACAGUCUUGUAUACUUUCAUUAUUGUAUAUAUCAAUAAUAAAUCAGUACAUAUUAU